AUGGGGCGCGGGAAGAUCGAGAUUCGCAAGAUUGACAACGCGACCACGCGCCAAGUGACCUUCUCGAAGCGACGGAAUGGGCUGCUGAAGAAGGCGUACGAGCUGGCGGUGCUGUGCGACGUGGAGAUCGGCGUCAUCAUCUUCUCCGCCACCGGCAAGCUCUUCCAAUACGCCAGCACCAACAUGGACGCCAUAGUGGAGCGGUACCGGCGGCUGGCGCUGGAGAGCGGCAAGGACCACCGGCCGCCAUGGCAGCAGCAGAACCCCCCUCCCACCACAGGCCUCGCCACGCCGCAAUCCCUGCAGCAUGGCCUGCAGCAGCAGCAGCGGCAGUGCAAAGAGCAGCCGGGCGAGCAGCAAGCGAAGAAGCUGCAGGUGCAGGUGCAGCAGGUGGAAGGCAAGGCGACGGCCGCGCCUCAAGCACUGCUGGCACGCAAGGAGGCGGCAGAGCAACACAAUGAACCGCGCGACUUGGAGGUUUCAAGGGUGCGAGAUCAACACUCAAAGGCACUUGUUUGCCUGGACACGUCAGCGGAGUCGUUCGGAGGGCUGGGAUUGGACGAGAUGAGGAGACUGGAGAAGCAGCUAGAAGACAGCCUCUCUCGACUGCGGGAGAAAAAGGAGGAGCUGUUCCACCGAACCAUCUCGGAUCUCAAAUCGCGGCUGGACGAUCAAAGCAAGGCUCAGGCGCGACCAGGGGCGGAUGCAGGCGGUGAGCGGAUGGGGGGUACAGGUGUGGGGCCGGCGAGUGCAGGGGAUGAGGGCGAGAGAGGAGGCAGAGCGGGGGAGGAGGACGGAGGGGAGUGUUUGGGGGCCGACAAGGAGGGACACCGUGGGGAGGCGGAUGGGCAGGGCAGUGGGGAUGGGGACUGGGCGGGUUACCCUGAUGCUGCUGCCCCUGGGGCUGCAGCAUUGCCGUGCACAGCCAUGGGGGUGGAUGAAGGGAUGGAAGGGGGGGUGGAUGAAGGGGCGGAUGAAUUGCAAGAUAGUGACUCCGAUGCUGACGAUGACGACGACGCCAUUCACCAUGGCCUCCCAUUGGUCGCAUCCUCCCGCCACACCCAUGCCGUGUCCGCCCAUGCCCAUUCAUGGCGCCACCCAUCCCACCCGCACCCCCACGUGCACGGCACCUCGCAUGCACGGGGCAGCGCGCGUGAAGGCGCUGCUGCGACUGCUGCUGCGGCGGCUGCGGCGGCUGCUGCUGCGAGUGGAGUGGCAGCGCUGGCGGAGGCAGCGAGGGCGAUGGUGAAGCAGGAGGCGCUGGAGGAGGCAGCAGAGGCGCACGACACGCUCCAUGCCGCGCCUCUUCUUCCCCCUGCUGCACACGCACUGCCCGCCACAGCAGCCCACGUGCGCAUGGGCGGAGAUGAUGAGGCAGAGGGCGCACUGAGAGGCGCUGCCGCAGCACGUGCAGCAGCAGCUGCUGGUGCCGCUCACACUGACGUCGCAGCAUGUGCAGCAGCAGGGGAGAGAGCAGCUAGGGAGGGUGCGUGUGAGGUCUUGCCUGCGGGGUUGUUGAGAGGCAGAGCGCCCACGGUUGGGGUUCCACCCAAUGGGGUGUCGAUUGUUGGCGCCUUGUUGCGAGGGAAGCGCGGCGCACAUGAACAGCUGGGGCAGGAGAAAACGAAGCUGCUGAGAAGGUUCUGGAUAGAUGUGGAGGGCGGUCGGCAGGGGCAGGAGAAUGGGCAGCAUGAGGCUGCAGAGCAGCAGCGUGAGGAGGGUGUGCAAGACAGGGCGCAUGCACGGGACAGAGGCCAGCCCGUGGACAUGGGUUGGACCACCAGCGCACCUGCUCACUCGCGGGUGGGCUCCCAGGGUGCCGCGCGUGAUGCCGCUGCUGCUGAUGCACCAAUGCACGCGCUGCAGCACGCACGCAGCACCACUGGCGCUUCCAAGCCUGCUGGUGCCGGCAUUUUGCAAGCCACGCCACCCGAACCUGUGCCUGCUUGUGCUGGGCCCGAGCGAGAGGUGCGGGGAGAGCAGGCGGAGAGGGCGGAGGGGUGCUUGCAAGAGAAGCAGCAAGAGGUGGUGAUGCAAGCGGGGGAGGGGAGAGAGGAGCGCGCAUGUGGUCGGCCGUCUGCUCAGCAGCUUGGUGGCAAGGGCGGCAGUGGAAGGGGUGGUGAGGUGGUUGGUGGGAUUGGAGGGCCGCGCGAGCAGUCUCUACAAGCACCGUGGCAGCACGAGGAGUCGAGGUAUGGUGCUGCAGCGGACGGCAGAGUGCAACAAGGCGGGGCGUUGCAGCUGGGGAGCUUCUCUCUGCCGCCUGCUGCCAGCGCCCCUGCAGUCCACACAGCGGGCGCUGGGCCCCCUGCAGUGAACAAUGUGUUCCCAGCAGUGCCCAGUGCGUUUCCUGUGACUGCAAGUGGCCCACAGCAGCACAGGGGGCUGCCUCAAACGGAUCUGAACAUCGGGCUCUACGGCGCUUUCGAUGACGAUGGGCUCACACCAUAUGAAGGGCCCUACUAG